AUGUCUGGCUCAGCAUCAAGAGGCCUGGCACGCGUGUUGCGCCAGACCAAAAGACCUUCGAUACCUCGGUCUCAAGCCCGGCAGUGCCAGUCUCUGCGACCUCUGUUUGAGCCCGUGCGAAAUUUCUCUGUAACGCCUCGACGACCAGAAGACCCCAGCGAACCCCAUCGCAAUGUCAAAUACACGACCGAUAUGUACCCCUCCCUCAAACGAGACCCGAGGUUCUCAGACGUCACGCCAGAGCACAUUCAAUUCUUCAAAUCCGCCCUGGGCGAGGACGCUGCUGUCAUUGAUGGAGUGACCAAGGAUGCUUCAGACGAUCUUGAAGCUUUCAAUACGGACUGGAUGCGGAAAUACAGAGGUCACGCCAAGCUCGUCUUGAGACCGAAGAGCACGGAAGAAGUGAGCAGAGUCUUGAAAUACUGCAACGACAACAAACUGGCCGUGGUUCCUCAAGGUGGAAACUCGGGUCUGGUCGGAGGCAGCGUGCCAGUCUUUGAUGAGAUUGUCAUCUCGCUUUCUCGGAUGAACAAGAUCCGCAGCUUCGACGACAUUAGCGGCAUUCUCGUGGUCGACGGAGGUGUUAUUCUCGAAGUGGCGGACAAUUAUCUUGCUGAGCAUAGCCACCUCUUCCCGCUCGAUCUUGGUGCCAAAGGAUCAGCCCAGAUAGGCGGCAAUGUGGCGACCAAUGCUGGAGGUUUGAGACUAUUACGAUAUGGUUCAUUACACGGCAACGUCCUUGGAGUUGAAGCAGUACUACCGGACGGCACUAUCGUCGACGAUCUUGGUACACUCCGGAAAAAUAACACCGGAUAUGACCUGAAGCAACUCUUUAUCGGAGGAGAAGGGACCAUUGGAAUCAUCACGGGUGUGUCGGUGGUCUGCCCACAGAGAUCCAAAGCAGUCAACGUUGCAUAUUUUGGCCUUCCUUCGUUUGAGAAUGUGCAAAAAGCUUACAAAGAAGCGAAGGUCCAGCUUGGCGAGAUUCUAUCUGCCUUUGAACUCAUGGAUGCUCGGAGCCAGGGCUUCGUUCAUCAAAUUACCGGCAAUAAAAGACCACUGGAAGGUGAUCAUCCUUUCUAUUGUUUGAUUGAAACAAGCGGCUCCAACACAGAGCACGACAGUGAAAAACUCGAAAAAUUCCUGGAGUAUGUCAUGAGUGAAGAGAUCGUCUCGGAUGGCGUUCUUGCUCAAGAUGAAACCCAAGCCAAAUCUCUAUGGGCGUGGCGAGAGGGCAUCACCGAAGCUAUCGGUCAUUUCGGCGGCACGUACAAAUACGACCUUUCGAUUCCGAUUCAAGAACUCUAUCAACUUGUGGAAGACACAAGAGAGAGACUGAACUCGAAAGGCUUGGUAGGUGACGAUGACUCUUUCCCAGCAAUUGAUGUGGUAGGCUAUGGACACAUGGGCGACUCGAAUCUGCACUUGAACGUUCCCGUGCGGAAAUACACAAAAGAAGUUGAAGAAGCAAUAGAACCGUGGGUGUACGAGUGGAUCCAAAAGCGAAGGGGAAGUAUCAGUGCGGAACACGGCCUCGGCAUUGCAAAAAAGAAAUAUAUCGGAUACAGUCGGAGUGAGACCAUGAUCAAGCUGAUGAAGCAGAUAAAGAAUCUUUACGAUCCCAACGGGAUUAUGAAUCCGUAUAAGUACAUAUAA